AAAAGGUUUCCUACCUGUAUGACUUUUUAAAACGAAAUAUGGACGGCGAUGCAGCGAGAGAUCAAAAAGUAGCUUCUGCAAAGAAAACGUUAAAGAAGUUUAAAAAGAAGAAAGCAGCCAGUUCAGUAGACUCUACUAGUAUAACACGUAAAGAUAGUUCUGAUUCUGUUGCAUUGACUGGUGAUCGAAGGAAUAGUGUAGCAUCAGACUCUGGAAGCGUUAGAACUGAUGGAACUGGGCAAGAAACGAUUGCAGUAGUAGAAGAGGAUAAUAUUUCUGCAACAAAUACCAAUCCUGAUUUAGUGGAAAAUCAAGCUUCGCAAGAUUAUUCAGAUUAUGUCCCACAGUCCUCCUCAGCUACGAGCCAAUCAUUGGUUGAAGGACUUCAACCAAUUUUCCAACCACAUGGACAGCAAUCACAACCUAAUCUCCUAUCAAAACAAAUCGAUUUGACUAUUGCAGAAAGUAUACUUCCUUCUGCUGAUAAUUCAGUUGAAGAACCUUAUACGUAUGAAUCCCUUUCUAGUUUGUGCAAUAAACAAAAGCAGGAUAUUGGGUUGCAACGACAAGCUAUUGCUAUGUUAGUUGACGAGAAGAAUGCUUUGACUUCAGAAUUGGAAAAAUAUUCUGCAAUGGCUGAUCGAUUUAAGAGUAGCGAGGAAUUGUUAGAAGAAGGUCAAUUAUUAGUGGAUGCAUUAAGACGAAAGAAUGCUGAGUUGGAGGAAAAAAUACUUAAUAAAGAAGAACGGCUUAAAGAAGCCGAUGAACAAAAGGAAAAGAUAUUGGAAUCUUUACAAUUGCAGAGAAGGAUAGCAAACAAUUAAUAUCGCAACUUAAUACCAAGGAUUCCAUUAUUGAACAACUUACUCAAGAAAAGGCAAAUGCUCGUUCAGUAUCUGAUGAAGUAGAAGCCUUACAAAAGACACUUCAAGAUAAAGAGAAUAGAUGCGAGG